CCGCGCGGGGCCGCCUCCGCCAAUGGGAAGGGGGGCCUGCCGUGACUCCGCCCCCCAGCGCGAGCUGAGGCCGGGGCUGCGGGAGAUGGACGUUUAACCUCGUAAUGAAGGGGAGCGACCCAAGAGGUGUAUCAUGAGGCUCACGCAGUUGGUGCCCCGCCAGCUCCCUGUGGGAUUGUUCUCCCUGAAAUGCUACUGUCCCUUGGUGUGUCACCCUCGAAUGUUGUGGGCAACUCCAAAGAGCUUUUCAGGGUGUCCCAAAAAUAUACCGAGUCUGCUCAGAUUCCUGGGCCAGAGACUGCAGUGCACGAGGCUGAGGCCUUUCAGCUCAUCGCAGGGUCUCUAUAAGUUACAUAACAGAGACUUGAAACAGAUUGACCCUGCCAGCUCUCCUGAAGCUAUCAGGAAACAUGAAGAAGAAUCGGAAGAUGGUGAUGCAGAUGAAGGCUUUGGAACACUAUCUAAUAAAUUUUCUUCUAGAAAAUAUUUUCACAAAACAACAUCAGAGUUGCAGAACUUAAGAUUUCAAGCAGAGGAGGGAGAGGAGGAAGAAGAGCCAGAAUGGAAACCUAGACGUGGUCGUAAGAACACACCAUACUGGUACUUCCUGCAAUGUAAGGCACUGAUAAAGAAAGACAAGCUGGCAGAGGCUCUAGAGCUAUUUGAGGUGCAGAUGCUGAAGGAAGAGCGUCUGAAGCCAGAGGAGAGCAACUACACUGUUCUGAUUGGUGGCUGUGGCAGGGUCGGCUAUGUGAAGAAGGCAUUCAGACUUUACAACGAUAAAGAUGUCAUUCUGGAGAUGCUUCCUCCAAAAUGCCUUUCCAUGGAUGUUUCCACUUUGCUUGGGGACGCAGAAGACUGGAGCUCAAGAAUUUACUGUCGCCUUGAAUCGUACAUGUUGUAUCUAAUCUAUUUUAGGUUUUCCUAAUGUGCCUAUCUCCAUGGUAUCUGUACAAGGUGGAACUAUUUUUUAACUUAAUUCUGGGCUCUUUAUUUAAUAUUAUUUCCUUAACUUUUUUUUCCUCUGAGAGUA